AUGCUUCUGUGGUGGACACUGGUUUCUUUCCUUGGAUGCAUUUUAUUGGGUGCAGAAGGCUGGCCUGCAAAAGAAGGAUAUGACUUCAGACCCUAUCAGCCUCUUGUACGAUUAAGACACAAGCAGGAAAAGAGUCCAGAAAAUGCAAGAAAUAAAGGGCGUAUGACUCAUGACACUCCUCUUGGAUCAUGUGAAAAUAAGUAUUGUGGACUGGGUAGGCACUGUGUGGUUAACAGAGGAACUGGCCAAGCAGAGUGUACCUGCAUGGAACAUUGUAAGCCUCACUACAAGCCUGUGUGCGGUUCUGAUGGCGAAUUCUAUGAAAAUCACUGUGAGGUGCACAGAGCCGCCUGCCUAAAAAACCAAAAGAUUACCAUUGUUCACAAUGAAGACUGCUUCUUCAAAGGGGACAACUGUAAGUCCAUUGACUACAACAAGAUGAAAAAUUUACUGCUGGAUAUACAAAACAGAAGAUACAUGCUACAAACAAGAGAAAGGAGUGUUGAAGAUAAAAUGGCUCUGAAGAAAUUAUUGGUGGAUCAGAUGUUUAAAUACUACGAUUCGGACAACAAUGGUCUUGUGGAUAGCAAUGAACUGACACAGGUAAUAAAACAGGAUGAGCUCAGCAAGGAUCUGUCUGAUUGCUCUCUUUUCGAUCUCUUGAAAUAUGAUGAUUAUAAUGGUGACAAGCACCUUGGCCUGGAAGAAUUCUACAGAGCAUUUCAAGUAAUUCAACUGACUUUGCCAGAAGAUCAGAAAAUAAGCAUCACUGCAGCAACGGUGGGACAAAGUGCAGUUCUAAGCUGUGCCAUUCAGGGGACCUUGAGACCUCCCAUCAUAUGGAAGCGGAACAACGUUGCUCUGAACAACUUAGAUUUGGAAGACAUCAAUGAUUUUGGUGAUGAUGGAUCCCUGUACAUUACUAAGAUUACUACAACUCACAUGGGAAACUACAGCUGCUAUGCAGAUGGCUAUGAUAAACUUUAUCAGAUUCAUAUUCUUCAAGUGAAUGUGCCACCGGUCAUAAGAGUCUUUCCUGAAAGCCAAGCAAGGGAGCCAGGGGUGACAGCUAGCCUUCGAUGCCAUGCUGAGGGUAUCCCCAAUCCAGUGCUUGGUUGGUUGAAGAAUGGGAUUGAUAUAACUCCAAAGUUAUCCAAACAGUUAACUCUUCAAGCAAAUGGCAGUGAAGUCCACAUUAGCAAUGUACGUUAUGAAGAUACAGGCGCAUACACCUGUAUUGCAAAGAAUGAAGCAGGUGUGGAUGAAGACAUCUCUUCCCUUUUUGUGGAAGAUUCUGCACGAAAGACCCUUGCAAACAUACUGUGGAGAGAGGAAGGUUUGGGAAUUGGGAAUAUGUUCUAUGUGUUUUAUGAAGAUGGAAUCAAAGUGAUACAACCAGUAGAAUGCGAAUUCCAGAGACAUAUUAAGCCAAGUGAAAAGCUUCUUGGAUUCCAGGAUGAAGUUUGUCCAAAAGUGGAAGGGGAUGAAGUCCAGCGAUGUGUCUGGGCAUCUGCUGCAAAUGUAAAAGACAAGUUCAUAUAUGUAACUCAGCCCAUGUUGGACAGAGUGCUGAUUGUGGAUGUACAAUCACAGAAGGUUGUACAGGCAGUAAGUACAGAUCCUGUUCCAGUGAAACUUCACUAUGACAAAUCACAUGACCAAGUAUGGGUUCUCAGUUGGGGAAGCUUUGAUAAGACAUCUCCAACACUACAAGUGAUAACACAGGCUAGUGGAAGUAUUUCUCAUCAUACUAUUCAUACUCAACCUGUGGGGAAGCAAUUUGACAGAGUGGAUGACUUUUUCAUUCCUACUACAACCCUCCUAAUCACUCACAUAAGGUUUGGAUUUGUUCUUCACAAGGAUGAGCCUGUGCUUCAGAAAAUUGAUCUUGAAACUAUGUCAUACAUCAAGACAAUUAGUUUAAAGGAUUACAAUUGUGUUCCAAAGACUCUGGCAUACACACACCUUGGAGGAUAUUACUUUAUCAGCUGUAAGCCUGACAGUACUGGAGCUGUUCCCCCACAGCUAAUAGUGGACAGUGUUACCGACUCUGUGAUUGGAUAUAAUGGUGAUGUAACAGGAACUCCAUAUGUCUCUCCUGAUGGUCACUAUCUAGUCAGCAUUGAUGAUGUGAAAGGUCUCAUGAGGGUACAGACAAUUACAGUUAGAGGAGAAAUACAGGAUGCCUUUGAUAUUCACACCAACUUGCACAUAUCUGAUGUGGCUUUUCAAGCAUCAUUUACUGAGGCCCAUCAAUAUAAUGCCUUCGGUAGCUCUAGCACACAAACAGAUGUGCUCUUUGUAGAAUUGUCCUCUGGCAAAGUGAAAAUGGUGAAGAGUCUUAAGGAACCUCUUAAGCCAGAUGAGUGGCCUUGGAACAGUAAGAACCGGUUAAUUGAGGGCAGUGGGCUCUUUGGUCAGUACUUGAUGACACCCUCCAAGGAAUCCUUGUUUAUUUUAGAUGGACGACUGAACAAGCUGAAUUGCGAAAUCACUGAAGUUGAGAGAGGAAACACAGUAAUUUGGGUUGGAGAAGCAUAA